AUGUCUGUUCCAUCCGGCGUAGAGGUCUUCAUGUUCGGAGUCGUAGGGGGCGACAGAAAUGGCAAAGAUAUCAAAGCCGGACUGAAGGAAAACGAAGUGAACAUCGACGGCGUCCGCACUAUUGAGGAGGAAGACACGGGGUACGCGCAUAUAGGCGUGAACCUUGCUGGUGAUUCCACGGUCAUCGUCACACGGGGGGCUUACAGCAAUUUCGUUCCGGGACCUUUAUUCGACCCUAAGAUCACCCCGAAUGUUGUUCUCGUCUCACUAGAAAUUCCCAUAGAGAUGGUUGUUCAUGCGCUUGCGUGGGCGAAGGAGCACAAAGCAAUGACGAUCUGCAACGCGGCCCCAGCAACAUCCUCGGUUCCAGACGAGAUCUUCCAAGUCGACCAUUUCAUAGUGAAUGAGCAACAAGCCGACAUCUUGAACGGCAUCGAAGGUGUUCUCUUCGACGAUCGGUUCGUUCAGCAAAAGGAUAUACGUCAACACUACCAAGAGCUCUGCGAGAAGUUCCAUAGCUAUGGAGCUACGUGUGUGGUGAUCACAAUGGCUGAACUUGGAGUGGUCGGAUCGGAGAAGGACCCAGUGUCAGGUAUACGGCAGCAGUACACAUUCGCCGCCGAGCAAGGGAAAGGCUUUCCAGUCGUGGAUACUACCGGAGCUUCUGAUGCUUUUAUUGGAGGUUACACGGUGGAACUCGUGCAUCAAAAGCAGGCAGGCAUGAAGCAAGACAUAGCGUCGGCCAUGAAGCUCGGAAUCAAAGCUGGGGGGUUGACCGUUAGCAAAGUCGGGUCGAUGCCUGCUAUUCCUUUUCCCAAGGACAUAAUGAAGACGACCUUCUGCGCUGCGCCCGCUCCAAACGCCCGAGGGUAG